GUCAUCCCAUAGAGUUUUACUUCGGUGCUGAUAAUAGUGUAGUUUGAAGUCUCCAGGACUUAGAACUGACUGUAGCGGCACACAUCACCUGGUUACAUCAAGAAUUACGUUUAUACUAUUACACCUUUUGAUGAUUUUUAAAUUUGUCUAAAUUGUUGCUGUUUUUAAUUCCACGUCAACGGCAAGAUGGAACUUAAUUCUCUUUUAAUUCUGCUGGAGGCUGCAGAGUACUUGGAAAGAAGAGACAGAGAGGCAGAGCACGGCUAUGCUUCUGUUUUACCGUACACAACAGACUUAUCCAGGAAGAAAGCUAAAGCCAAUUCGACCAUUUCCAGAAAGACUCAAAACAAUAGAUCGUCACACAAUGAGCUGGAGAAACACAGACGAGCCAAACUGCGGCUGUACCUGGAGCAGCUGAAGAAACUGGUGCCUUUGGGUCCAGACAGCACUAGACACACCACACUGAGCCUCCUGAAAAGGGCCAAAAUGCACAUCAAGAAGCUGGAGGAGCAGGACAAGAAAGCUGCGAACUUGAAGGAGCAGCUGCAGAGAGAGCAUCGCUACCUCAAACGUCGCCUGGAGCAGCUCUCCGUCUCGGGAUCCGUGGAGCGGAUCCGCACUGACAGCAUGGGCUCCACCAUCUCCACUGACUCAGAGCAAGAGGUGGAUAUCGAAGGCAUGGAGUUCACCCCGGUGGAAGGGGACAGCGUGGAUAGCAUUAGCGACGGCGAGGAAGAGGAGGAGGAGGAAGACCAGUUCAGCCUCCAGAGCAGUUCCAGCGACAACAGCUACACAGCCACACAUUCCCACAGACUGCAACCGCACCACUGCUGAGCUCAGCGGACCUGACCUGCUAAUCCAGCGUCCCGCAUCCCACCGCCGUCUCCCUCCUGACAAACUGCAGCUGACUAGUUUGCCAAAGUGGUACCACCGGACCGGUCGACAUGCCGCUGCAGGAACAUGAAAUGCCACUUGAUGUCCCUCCCUCCUUCCUGGACUACUGGCCCUACCUCACCCUGCUGCAUCCUGCCUCGCCUGCGCUGGUGUCUAAUCUGCCGGGCAGCUUUGACUUGUUGGUCAGUGUGAGUGUGAAAGCAGUUACUUCACACCCAAAAUAUGAGUAUAUAUAUAUAUAUAUAUGUAUAUAUACAUACAUAUAUAUGUAUGAAAAUCCAAUCUGUACUUGAGAAUCGUGUGAGGGUCCGCAAUGUGAAAUUAACCUGAGGUACCUGUGUCAGCGGAGAUGCUGGAUUUAGACCUAAAUAUUUUCAUCUAAACUCCUGGCGAGCUUUGGUCUCAGUCGGUUCCUACAACUCUGACCCAAGUGCUUGAAGUCCAAAUCUUGCUGUAGUCGGGUCGCAUGAAGGCUUUAUUCUAUAGAGGUCCAGGUCUCAUCCCCAAAACUUAAAAUCUUCACUGCAGACCUGAAAACCCCCAUGAAGUCUUCACGUCUUCGAGCUUGUCUUGUUUUGGUGGCAUCUGCUCGAUCUCUACUUUUGUUUUGUCAAGCCUUAAACCCUCAGACCAGACUAGCCUGGAUAGCAUGGACCCUGAUACUCAACACUACUUGUCAUCUCUUAAAUUUGAUCUGACUUUUUUGGAGCUUCUCCACAGAGGCCUUCUGACCACUGCCCAUCGCCGCCCGACACUCCACUUCCUCUCUAUGAAAAACUCCAAAUAUUUAAAAUUUGCAUUCAAGUUUCCUCCUCAGUAGCAAGUCGAUGUAGCAAUAGACUUUAGGAGACUCAAGUGAAGAGUGUUUACCAGCAGCCCUCUCACACCACAGCUGGUUAUUUCCUCACGGAACCUGUGCGUACGUGUGCAUAAGUUGACGCCGGCUCACAAGUCAAAGCUGCCGCUGCUGGUCAGGUUGUAUUUCCUCGCAGUGACACUUCACUGGUUUGCUUCUGCUCCUCCAUAAGACGGGCCUAAUGACGGAAGAGGCGCUUACGGCGCUCUCUGACCUGUGCGGAAUCCGAACCCCUUCCCAAAACUUUACUAAACAAGACCAACUGAACGGGUCUGAGCAAAACAAACAAACAAAGAAAAAAAAAAAGAAACUGUCACUGGGGGUGAUCUUAGUCAGACUUUAUUUCUCUUAUCAAAUUUUGUAUUAUAUUUUCCUAACAGCUCCUUCAUAUCGAAAAGACAAAAAAGAGUCAUAUAUGAAUAUAUAUAUAUAUACAAAUAUAUCUAUAAGUGUAAAGUGACAGUAUAUAUAUAUAUAUAUA